CCUCGCCGUCUUGAAACCUGAAGUGCGCAUCACGCGUGUCCCUCUACAUUCCGUGCUCGCCGUCUCUCUGUGUGCACCAAGCCCUUAUAAGGGCAUUCCCUUCUCUCUAUAGCGGGCGUCCUACGUGCCCGCCCUCGUUUAUCUCGGAGGAAGCGGAAGUGCUUUUGUUUUGGUGGCGCUGGGCACUGUGGGAAGGCCGGUGAGGUGCGCGCGUGCGCGGGAGACCGGACGAGAGAGAGAGGCGACCGCGGGUUACCCUGGAGAGGAGGAGGAAGAAGACGGGCGUCGGCGGCGCGGGGCUGGUCCUUCCUCCUCAGUUCGGCGGAGGCCAGAUGUGCCGAGGACCGGGCGCGCGGUAGGUGCCUCCUCUCGCCCACCGCUCCGCCUGUAGCCAGUCGCCCACAGUGCGCGUGUGCUGUUGUGCGUGUGUCAGGACCGACACGUUUCCUGGGUGCGUGUCUGUGCGGGAGACGCCAGCCUGCCUUCGGGCCCGUUGUGGCACUUAGCCCACCGCCCCGCCUGCGAAAAAAGCGAAUGUCCUCUGCUCAAGUUCUCUAUUCUGUGCUCAUCGCCCCCCCCUUUCCCCCCAACAGCUCCUUUUUCUAAGCCUGCAGCCCCAGCACGACGUCGGCUUUCUUUCUGUCUUUCUUUCUUUCUUUCUUUCUUUCUUUCUUUCACCAGGCUCCUUUCACCUGCGCCCUCCUUUCCAGGGGCUCAGGCCACUAGGCUUCCCUGCCCUUCCUCUGGAGUCAGAAUGGGAAGAAUAUUUGCAUCAGCCACUAGCUCUAGCAAUAAAAUAAAAUGUACUGAAGAUAGAGGUAAAAACUUAACCAUAGAAAAUACAUUUUGGGGGUUUGCAUCAAUAAGCCUUCCUCUGGUUUCAUUCUCACAGCAGCACUGAGACAGGCUAGAGCCGUUUUCUAGUCCAGGGCCAGGUGGGGGUGGAUGUGAACCCAGGUCUCUCUGGCUGGCCUUAGUACAACACACACUCCUUGUGUUGCAUAUUGUGCGGUCAGUCUUUGUUUCGGACCUGGAACCCUUCUUGAGCACCAGCCUGAAAAGUGGGGCCUACCUGAUUCAUUGCCCAAUUUCUUCUUCCUUGUGUUUUAGGGAGUGUGCACUGAAUACUGGGAGCAAACUGGAGAUAGCUGUCACCUUCAUGCUCCCAGGAGACAAUCUGGCUGGCUUCUGUCGGAAACAAAAUGCUGGGUUAGAUAGGCUUUUUGGCCUGACCCAGCAUGACUCUCCUUACAUUCUCCUGCUUUCCCCAUUGAGCAGCAUGCAAUCAUAUUAUGUAGUUGCAUAAUUUAAUUUUAUGGUGUUAAAUUAAUUGUUACAGUAAUUGAAAGUAGAAUAUAUCUAUUCACCUUUUACAAACAGUAAAAUAGUAUUAACUUGGAUGACAAUUUAGUAAAUUCUCUUUUUAUCUUAACUGUUGUAGUUGAUUUCUAAGUUAGGGUUGCUGAAACUUGUUAUGUUUCAUACAGGUAAUGCUAAUGAAAAUAUUAUCAACUUAGGCUGUAGUCCUAACCCCAUUUACCUGAGAGUAAGCCCCAUUUAAUUCAGUAGGAUUUACCUCUGAAUAGACAGGGUUAGGAUUGCAGUACUUGUCAGUUGGAUGUAUUCUCACUGUGUAACAAUAGUUUGUAAAUUUUGCUCUACAUAGCAAAUAUAUAAUUUACAUGCUAUACUUAAUACUUUCCCAGAAAUCGUUUUAUAGUAACUUUGGCUUUGAGGUGUUUGCUGCUCUUCAGUGCUUCAUUAACUAAAAAUAAUCCUGUGUUUGGUUUAAUAGGAUGGAAAGUAAGACUCUUAAUUCAUUUGUUUCAAUUUACAGAUUUCUGGUUUCUGUAUCCACUCGAAUUCAUCUCAGUUGUGAUGCAUCAAACAACCUGCAAUGAAUUUGAAGCAAAAGACUACAGCUGUUUCUGUGCAUCUUCAGUUUCUCCUUCUUAAACACUCCUUCUUAGUACCCAUCACACAGCUUUGCAGUUUCUCUGCUUGCAGCUGGAGCACAGAAGUGCAGUGUGAUUAGGAAAGAGCAUAAUAUUUUGUUGUGGACUCUCUAUAUAUUGUUUUGAUAAAUUUUAACAGAGGACUUGUUCUUAAGCCUUUGAAUGCUGCUUUCAGGAAACUGUUAAAAUGAUCAUUUAUUCUAAGAAAGGAACCACUUUCUGUCAGUGUCUAAAUCACAGAUAAGCCUACUAUCCCUUGUAUGCUUAUUGUCCUUUUUGUAGCUAUGGCAGCUGCUACAAUAGUUCAUGACACAUCAGAAGCAGUGGAGCUUUGUUCUCCUUAUGGGCUAUACCUUAAGCCCAUUACAAAAAUGACCAUCAGUGUGGCACUUCCUCAGUUAAAGCAGCCUGGGAAGUCUAUUUCAAACUGGGAAGUGAUGGAAAGGCUGAAAGGAAUGGUGCAAACACAUCAGUUCUCAACCUUGCGGAUAUCUAAAAGCACCAUGGAUUUCAUCCGCUUUGAAGGAGAGGUAGAAAAUAAGAGUCUGGUUAAAUCCUUCCUUGCAUGCCUGGAUGGCAAAACUAUAAAACUUAGUGGCUUUUCAGACAUUUUAAAAGUCCGUGCUGCAGAAUACAAAAUUGACUUUCCUACUCGACAUGACUGGGACUCCUUUUUUCGUGAUGCAAAAGAUAUGAAUGAAACUCUGCCAGGGGAAAGGCCAGACACUAUUCAUCUGGAGGGCUUGCCUUGUAAAUGGUUUGCGCUGAAAGACUCUGGCUCAGAAAAACCAAGUGAAGAAGUUCUUAUUAAAGUGUUUAGUAAAUUUGGGGAAAUACGGAAUGUGGACAUACCCAUGUUGGACCCGUAUAGGGAAGAAAUGACUGGCAGAAACUUUCAUACGUUCAGUUUUGGAGGCCAUUUGAAUUUUGAAGCUUAUGUUCAGUAUGAGGAAUAUGCAGGUUUCAUCAAGGCUAUGAAUGCUUUACGAGGGAUGAAGCUGAUGUACAAAGGUGAAGAUGGCAAAGCAGUGGCUUGUAACUUAAAGGUGAGAUACUGUUGAGCUGUUCCUAGUAGAAAAUUCAUCAAAGAAACAUUGCAUGUUCUUUUCCUUUAUAUUUUGAUGAGCUCGUUCUUAAGUUACCAGUUUUAGGUGCAUGCACCCCAUAGUGAACCUUUAGAGGCAUUUAUUUUAAACAUUUGUAUGCCACCUUUCCACAAAUGGUACCCAAAGCAUUGCCCAACUAAAUGGUGUGGGGAAUGUAACUUUGAAUAUGACAGAAGGAGCAGCUCGCAAAGAAUGUCACAAAUUAUAGUAACUGUGAAGUAUGAAUUGGGGCAAUGUGCUGUCACUAGUUCAUAACAAGAUAUGGGUAUACAGCUUAUGAAUUGUAAUGAUGUAGCAGACAUCUGAAAGACUAAAUAUAUAGAGCAGCUGCCAGUGCAGCUUCUCUUUGUGCAGCAGAAAUCCACUUGCACAAAAGUGCUUCUGGUUUUCUUAUUUCUCCUUCAGCAGCAUCCCUGCCCCCCUAAAAAAAAUCUGCUCCAGUAGUGGGAGGAUAGGAAGGGAAGCCCUGUUUCCUGUGUGUAUGCCCACUUACCCUACAUUUGAUCUCAUCCAUAGUCUUUUUUAAGUCAGAUGAUCUCAAAAAAUACAUUAAAAGAAUACCCAGUCUUUUUCUAAACCUGAGUACUUUGUGGCAUCCUUCUGAAUUGCCUUUUGCAUUGUUUCCUGUGCUUCAUUCUGUGCUUACUUUUUGAAGUUCGUGCCCUUUUCCUAGGCCCUAUCGAAGCAUGCUGUUUCACACACUAGAGAGAGUGGGGACAUGUUGCCUAGCUGCUUCUCCAUUAUAUUCUAGUGUUCGCCUUCUAGUGCUCACCUAUGCCUACCCUUGUUCCCCGUCUCAACGUAGGGAUGGAAAUAUCUAUAGCAGAGAGCUUGCUUCAUUCAUAGAGGUUCCCUAUGGGAUUGAAACUCUACAUGAUUCUAAAUUGCACAUGGAUCUCAUGAGUAAAGCAAGCUCCCCACUGCACAUAUUCACCAUCCAGGGAAGUAGAAGGGCAUGGAGCCUGGUAUGGGGACAUGAUGGGGGCUGGACCAACUGCUGUGUCUCCAGUCUCCCUUAUAUUAUUCUAAUUGCAUUGGGGAGAUGAACACCCAAAUAGGGCUCUGCUGCGUGUGGGAACAGAGAGUAGGAGUGACAUAAGAAAAUAUGCUAAAGUUGUCUUGUGAGAGACUGAUGGUUGGUUGGUUCAUACACUAUAUCAUGCAAUUCCCAAUUUAAAAUGAAAGUUAUUUUGCCAUUCCAUGUAAUCAUGAUUUUUUUGCCAUUCAUGUAAUCAUAACACUGAAAAGAAGAGCAAUUGUUCUGGCAUUAUUUAUGUUUAUCUUUCCAGCUGAUUUUUUUUAAUAGUAUAUAAUUCCCUGUUUAAUAUGUUCUGUUAAAGAAUAGAGUAAAGUCUAUGUGAAAUUAGAGUUUGCAUUUAGAAGUAACAGUAUUUAUCUAGUCAGUAGAUACUCAGUUUAAAUAGAAAGGCAUGUGGGUAAGUUAGUGGUUUUAACAGUACGAGUGGACAUCUAGGAAAAUAGUUGAAUCAGCCCAUCAAUUACUGGGAAUUCACUGUUAUCUGCAUUGAAAUAUGGUUUCAGGCAUGCAACCUUUGUGUUCCUUUUGAAUGCAGUCCAUUGCAACUGUAAUAAAAAGUCUUAUGUGAGCAUUUUGAAUAAUGAUGCAUUCAACAUUGGAAUCUUUCAGUGUUCCCAUUUUAUGGGUGGAUUAAUUGGAAUUGUAUUUACAUGCCACCUAGUCAAUAAUGUCCUCUGGGCGUCCCUUUUGCUUGUUCUUCCUACUGAGUAAAGGACAAGUAAACACUAGGAAGCCUGUCAUUUACAGUUCAAAAAUCUUGCAAGGCUUUUUUGAUAAUUACUUAAGGAGGCACACUGCGGCAAAAUAUGAGAACCACUGUCGUUCAGGACUGUUAAAGGUUAGGAAUGAAUAUCCUUAACUGUGAUAAUAUACAUUAAAUUAGAGUGUCUACUAGUGUGGACAGACCUGAUGUGGCUUAGUUUUCAAGCUUCUGUAACUGGUAACCACAAGUGUUCCAUUCUAAAAUGCACAGUGAAAUCAAAUGGAACACUUAAAAAUCUGUCUGUGUACUUUAAUGUGAAUACUUUUUGUUCUGUGUCUGUAAAAGGUUUCAUUUGAUUCAACAAAACACCUGAGUGAUGCUUCAAUUAAGAAACGUCAGCUUGAAAGGCAGAAGCUCCAAGAGCUUGAAAAACAGAGAGAAGAACAAAAACGUAAAGAAAAAGAAGCAGAGGAAAGACAAAAAGAGGAGGAAAGGUACGCUUCCUUCCUAAGAAAUAACAAACUCUGUUAACGUUUUUGUACUUGUAAAAUGUAACAUAGUUAUUUCUGUUUUUAUAUUUUGGGCAAUUUAUUACUCAGAGAUGUUUUGAAUAUUGUAAACCAUUUGUAUUUUGCUUUAUGUAAAUGUUUACAUUAAGAAGCCAUGCACUGGGGUGUUUGAUAUAACCUUUUGGAAAAUGCUACUAUUCAUCUAGAAAGCACAACAAUAGACUGUUCACUGUUGCUUCUGAGAGUAAAAUCAAUCUAAGAAAAUAACAGUUUCUGAACAAGGCCUUUUCCACUUUCAGCUAAUUAAGCUUAACACACUUGAUCCUGUUAAUAUGUGUCUUUAGUUAAGCUCCUGUAGGUCUACUGUGGAGUAGCCAACGUGGUGAUCUCAAGAUGAUGUUGGGCUAUAUCUCCCUUUGGCUCCAACCAGCAUGGCUAGUAGUUUGGGAUGACAAGGGUUUAUAGCUCCACAAAAUCUGGAGUGACCAUGUUGGCUACCCCUGCUCUAGUACAAUCUGUUUAAACCUUCUGAUAGGACACCAAGCUGCAGUCUUUGAUGAAAUUACUUCAGAGCAGUUCCAUUGACACUGCACUGUUGUGAAUGGAUACUCUGUACAUUUCUCUUGAGCAUCUUAUUUAUCAAAGUGUUACUGAGCAUGUUACGAAUAAGGCUGGUAUACUUUGUUGGGUUGUGGUUGGAGAUAAUUAAUAUGCCACCAAAUAUGUUUAAUUCCAUGAUUCUAGACCAUGGGGUGAUACCAUUUAGUCAUACUCAGAGGACACCCAUUGAAAUAAAGUCCACUGAUUUCAGUGGUUCUGUUUUGAAUAUGGAUAGCAUCAAAUGGCUUUCAGUAGCUCUUUGAUACUCUUGGCAGUGUUCUAUUGCAAUAAAAAUAAUAAUAAACUUUUAUUGUCACUACACCACCUGUGUGCAGUGAAAUUAAACACACACACACCCCAUAUACGCAGACUUGUUCGCACUCUGUGUGCUUGUCGGAAGUCAAUUGCACCACUAUUUUUUUCCAUUCAGCAGCCCAUGGAUAAAAACUGUUCUUUAACCUGUUGGUGCGGCUGACUAUACUUCUGUAUCUCCUGCCCGAAGGUAGGAGAUUAAAGAGGUGGUGGCCAUCGUGUGAGUCAUCCCUAAGAAUUUUCCUCACUCUCCUGAGGCAGCGGUCUCCUGCAAUGUCAUCUAGCAAACUCAGGGGGCAGCCCAUGAUGUCAUGUGCUGUAUUCACCACCCUCUGUAGGGACUUCCUGUCUGUGGCUGUAAAACCAGUGUACCACACUGUAAUACAGUAUGAAAGGACACUUUCUAUUGUGGCCCGGUAGAAGGAGAUCAUCAUCAGUUUUUGUUUGACAUUUUUCUUUCGCAAGACCCUGAGGAAAUGGAGUCUCUGUUGGGCCUUCCUAACCACCCGGGUUGUAUUGAUUUUCCAAGUGAGGUCUUCACUAAGGUAGACUCCCAGGAAUUUAAAGGAAGAGACUAUCUCCACACAGCCCCCCUGAAAUACAAUGGGGCUAGUUCCCCUCUCUUCCUCCAAAAGUCCAACACCAUCUCCUUUGUCUUACUGUUAUUUAGGUGCAAGUUGUUCUCUAGGCACCAUGUCGAGACUUUUUGAACCUCCCUAUACGCUGAUUCAUCUCCACCUGUAAUUAGACCCAUUAUGGUGGUAUCAUCUGCAAACUUAAUAAUUACAGUAGAUGGAUCGGAUGAGAUACAGUCAUAUAUACAACGACUACAGGUAGGGACUCAGCACGCAUCCCUGUGGGGUGCCAGUGCUGAGCUUCAGAGAGGUAGAUGUAACAGGCCCAAUCCUCUAUUUGUGUGCGAUCCCUCAGAAAGUCUUUAGUCCAAUCACAGAUGGUAGAAGAAAGGUCCAGGUCCCUCAGUUUUUUAAUAAGAAUGUCCGGAAGGAUGGUAUUAAAAGCCGAGCUAUAUUCAAGAAACCGCAUUCUGACAUAAUUCUCCGGUCUCUCCAGAUGACUCGCUGCAAGGUGAAAAGCUGUGGCUAUGGUAUCAUCUGUUGACCUAUUUCUCCUAUAAGCGAACUGGUGUUCAUCAAAAUCCGGUGGAAAACAUGUCCUAAGAUGUCGAAGAACCAAUCUCUCAAAGCAUUUCAUCACUACAGAUGUUAAUAGCACAGCUCUUGCAGACUGAUGGCUUUAGCUGCAGAAAUUACACCCAAACUUAUUGAUGCAGAGCUAGCUUUAAGCCAGAUAGAAGGCAUGGCAUCUAUCCACAGCAUAUCAGAAUGUGAGCAGUUCUUCUCACACCUUGCAUUACCACCUUCCUGAUGAAAACAGGUGUUUUAAUGGCCAAUUCUGUUAAUGUGUAUUAGACUUAACAAAUUCAUGGUGAUUCAUGGUGUUCUUGAUACCACGUUCUUAUCCAUCAAAUGAUCAAAAUAGUAUCAGUUCUGUUUUACCUUCUUGUUGUGGCUUGGGAAAAUAUUUAGAAAUGUUGCUUUGUGCUCAAUAUGGCUUUGUUUCUUACUUCUGUUUUGUAAGACUUCAAUCCUUAACUUGGAGCAGUCCUUUGAAAUUGGUGAGGUUUAACCUCCAAAUGAAUUUGAAGCUGUUAGUAGUAGUUUCGUUUGUUUGUUUGAAGAAUUCUUUAAAACCCUUUAAGAUUGUACCUAUUGCGACUAACUGCAAUCUUUAUCCUUAGGAAACAGAAAGAACUUGAGGAAUUGGAGAGAGAGAGAAAGAGAGAAGAGAAAUUGCGCAAAAGAGAGCAGAAACAAAAGGAUCGUGAAAUUCGUAGAAACAAAAAGCGGCUUGAAAAAAUACAAGCUGAAGAGCAAAAAAAACUACAAGAGAAAAUAAAGCUUGAAGAGAGGAAGCUUCUCUUAGCUCAGAGAAACCUUCAGUCUAUUCGAUUAAUUGCUGAACUGCUGAGCAGAGCGAAGGUAACUGGUUGUUUGUUUUUAAGGUCUGGACAUGUGUGCAUGGGAAAGCAGUAUAAAAAAACCCCAGCAGCUUAUAAGUGAGGAUUUGAUAAAUUACACACACACACACACACACACACACACACACACACACACGGAUUUCUUCUCUCUAUUUUAUAAUGAUGCCUCUUCAGUUACUCCAUUUUAAAUAAUGCUCAUAGCACUUUGCUGUUAUCUUGUGUUUUGGCUAGGCCCAACCCUGUCUUCACUCCUCUUUCCUGUUUGAGGGACAAAUAGGCUACUGUGUUUUCCAACAUCAUAAAGCUGAACCAAUGUGUGAUGCAAUCUGUGCAAAAGGGACUAAAACCUGUAUCCAGGAAGCAUGCAAAGGACCUGGGAGUUGUGUCUCCCUUUAUCCAGUGCCAUUACCUUAGUUUCUCCAGUAAGCGAUCAUUGACCAGCCUUGGGAUAGUCAUGAAGCUUGCUGCAUCAAAGGCUUUUCUGAGUUCACAAGAAUGCAGUUGUUGCAUUUGAGGAGUGAAGGUUGUUAUGUGUUUGUAUCAAGGACCUUUUCAUGUAUAGCUUGUGCUCAUUUGCCUGGUUUAGGACACUGAUUUUGCUUCUGUGGCACAAAUAACAAUUUGUCAGUUUCAUGAGAUAACUCUGCUUAUAAAUUUAUUUAGGACCUGAAUAGUAAUUUACAGAGACUUGAAAUCCUAGGAAAAUCUAGCAAUUCAUUCAAGGAGAAUAAAAAAAACUAAAAUAAAGUUCCGACUUUCCUUAAUCUCAAGCCUUUCUUAAAUCUUAAAGUCUUCAUGUCACCAAGUUGUCAACAGUGCAAAUUUAUUUGUUGCAAAAGUUGAUCAGUAUAAAGUAGAGUUUAUCUUUUGGUCCUUUUGAGCUUCUUCGUUGGGUUGUUCAGACUUGUUUCCUAGGAACUGAUCUGCUUUUAACCUAUUUCAGAAAGGCUGCUGGAUUGCAUUAGCAAUUUAAGAAUGAGAAGCAGUAAAUCUGCUACGGUUCUGUCCUUUAGUGUGUUGGUGAGUGUUGAGAUGGGCAAUUAUUUUUGGCCCUGAGAGUUGCAUUUGGUGGGUGGAGUGCACACACACUCACAUGCAAGCUCACAAACCUUUCUUUCAGCGAACCCAAUGGGUACACACACCCAUUGUCCAUGAAUUCUCAGCUCCUCCCAGUGCCAGUCAGCUGAGCAGCAAGAAAGACGAGGGACAUGAUAGGCAGAGGUCCUAUCACAUGCCUCCCCCUUCUCCAGUUCAUUGGCUUGGGCAACGUGCUCCCCCAGCCCAUCAGACAGCUGUUUGGCAGGCUGAGGAAAGCACUAUUGCAAUAGGCGGUAAAGGGAAUGGUGGAGGAAGCCCUUUCUACCUAUGUAAAUUGUGUUCCCUGCAUAUAUCUGUUUGUUGGGCUGAUGGGGCGUAUUGAGUUGGGCUGUAGGGAAGGUCUCUGUGGGAUGCAGCCUGCCUACUUGUGGUCUGUGUAGUUCCCUUUUUGGGGAAUAGUUUCCCUUCUAACAGUUCUCUGAAGUUGUGCAACGUUGACCCUGCCAUGGAAUGAGUGUAUUUGAUAUAGAACUAAGGGAAAUCUCUUCUCUCUAUCUUUUUAGGCAAUAAAGCUUAUGGAACAGGAGCACAACGAGGAAAAAAUCCGCCUUCAGCACUUGGAAGAAAGGAGGAGGCUGCAAGAAGCUGAACUCCGACGGGUAGAGGAAGAAAAAGAGAGAGCUCUUGGACUACAGAGAAAAGAAAGAGAGUUGAGGGAGAAACUGUUGAGCAACCUCAUGAAUAAGAAGGUAGAAGAAACCCAUCUGAAGAAGAGUGAAGCUAAUGCACUGCAGCCUAUGCCUUUGAAAGCGCUGGUGGGUGUUCCCCGUUCUGUUGCAUCUACUUCCAUGCAGUCCCCUUUAGCCAAACCGAUGCAGCUCUGUCCUAGCAGCAUAAAGGCUAAUGAAAGUGUGAGCAGUCAGCCAAAGUACUUAAAUGGAAGCCUGCAUGAGGAUGUUCUCAUCAAAGACACUAAGAUUAAUGUCAGUAACAGGGACACCGUUUCCGAUGAAAGUAGUUCAGGUGUCCUUUCAUGCAUUCCUACAAAUCAGCAACACAAGACCACCCCAGACCGUGAGCAGAACACCUGCAAGAAAGACUUGCUGUCUGAGCAAGGCAAAUGCAAUAGGGAGCCGAGCAAGGGGAAGACUCGCUCGUGCAGAGACAUGGGCAACCAUCAUAGCAAGGAUAAGACUGAAAAAAGCAGGCACAGAAGAGACUUGAGUAGCGAUGAUGAAAAAUGUAGGAAAGAAAGGCGCCUCCAUAAGAAAUACUCUGCGAAAGGGAGCAGUCCUGGCCUGAGGAGCUUAAGUCGGGAAUACGCACGGCACAGGCGAUCCUUAAGCAGAGACAGGAAGGAAGAUAAAAGAGGACGCAGUCAUGGCCACAAGAGCACAAGCAAGAAACAAAAGCACCGGAAGAGAUCUUUGAGCAACCAAAGAAGCACUUGGAGUAGGUAAUGAAGGACUUGGCCUUUUGUAAGGGCUAUCUCAGAAAGGACUGUAGUGGAGCUCUCGUUAUUCGGUCCAGGGAGGAAAAGAAAACUAAUUGGGACUUCUUUUUUUACUUGAAUUUAGUUUAUGGAGUCCAGUACAUAUAGGUGCGCUUUUCAGAAAUAUUUUGGGGGCUUCUUUUAUCUGUCAGCAAUGUGUUGGCUUUCUACAGUGCUAUAAAUUCUGAUCAUUCUUGCUCACGCUUUUUCUGUGAUAACCAGCCUAAUUAGGCAUUCAGCAUGUCACUUCAUUUUCAAAAUUAUUGGGUCCUUUUUCAUUUCUAAUGAUUGCAGCCACAGCAAUCUUUUGUUUAGAGACUGGCAUGUGUAUGUUUCUGAAAGGAAAUGUAAACUUGACACGUUGACCUACUUGAUUCACAGGAAAUAAGUAAUUCCAGCCAGGAUUUUUUGCUGUCUUAAUUGGUGCUAGAUGCAACCAUAUUUUUUAUACACUGCUGUGAUGCCUUCUUUGCUAUUAUGACAAUUGCAAACUUGAUAGAUUGUUACAGGGCCCGAAUAGACAUUGUGUUUGCUACUUUACAGAUUUUGUUCCAUUUUGAAGGAAAUAUGCCAGGGUUUUGGAGCCUUUGGAAAGCAGAUACACAGGCUGCUGUAGUUUUAGUAUUCACAUUUGACCUUUUCUUUGUUCAAACCAUUGGUUGAAAUAUUCUUCUACAUGCAAUUUCACAGGUGUCUAUUUUGAAAGAGGGGCCUUCCUGCUAAAUUAUUUUUAUGUGCUACGUUCAGGUUCAGAGUUGUACUUUCUCUUAAGUAACUUUUAAAAUAAUAUCUUUGCUUCUGAAAAUGAAGCUCGGGAAUUUCCCCAAAAUAUUAACGUUGCAGUGCAAAACCAGCUUUUUUACCAUUUAAUGGUAAAACCACAGAAGCCAUUGCCAGUGAACCCAAAUUACUGUUUCGUAUUUCGGUACAUUAAAAGAUGUAUACACCGUUAAA